AUGGCGAAGAUCGGAAGGCUGAUAAAACACUCAGGGGAACGGUAUUUGGCCGGGUUUAGGUUGUUUGCCGCUGCGUAUGAGAGAGGAAAGGAGAUCUACGACCGUUCGUAUGAAUCCAAGGUUCCAGACUCUAUCCUGUGUGAUCCGGGAGCCGACCUGCGUGUGCUGGGGAUAGGGAGUGGGUCAGGAGGCAUUGAUUGCGUCAUUCUAAAGAAGCUGCUACAACGUCACAACAGUGUGUACAACAGGGUGAUAGAGCCGUCGGAGGACAUGAUUAAACAGUACAAGGCGCUCGUGUGGGAAGACAGAAGCCUCAGUGCUGUGAAGUUUGACUGGCGCCAGCAGACAGCGGAACAGUACUUCCAGACAAAUGAGAACACGUUCAACCUGAUCCAUGCGAUACGCGUCCUGUAUAACGUGGAAGACCAUGACGCCACCUUGCGGAACAUGUGGGAACAGCUGGCAGAUGGUGGCUACAUGAUGGUCGCCAUGCAGUCAGAUAAAAGUGACAUGGGGAAGCUGUGGUACAAGUUGUGGGACGAGUUCGGCCAGGGUGACCGUUUGAAGACGGAACUACGUACUUCCGGUGACGUCAGACAGUGGCUUGACAUGAGGGGCAUCAGUUACGUCACUUCCGUGAAUGCAAUGAACAUGAACGUCACGGAGUGUUUUCAGGAUAACUCAAAAGAGGGAAACACUAGGGUCUCCACCAUGGGUCCCGGAGUACUGCUGAAGCUGUGCUGUCUUAUGAUGCUUCUAACAGCGGAGUUACCGACCCAGGUCACAGCCAACACGUUCUGUACAGUUGAUCAAGCCAACGGCUGGAGGACCGCACAGCUUGCACUGGUUGAUGUUAAUUCGCUGUUGGGAAUAGUAAGUGACCCAGAUGCGGAGAGGGCAAGAAUCAACGCAGAGGCCGAUGCCGCUGUAGCUGCUCUGGAAGCCGAGGCAGCCUUCUCCCAACAACCCAAUGUCUGUACAGGCGAGACAACGUGUCCGUGCACGGAGUCGUACUCGGAGCAAUAUGAAACCAACUGCGGGAUAUUUGGAACUGGAUGGGCAGCCUGCACUGCGUACCGAACAUCGUAUAGAGAAACUACCUGCCCCAAAACAACCUACUUCUGCUGCUCCGGCUACGAGUACACACAGAGUCGGUGUAUUCGCAUCUGUACCGACCCGCUGUGUAACUCUCACCUGUGCGACAAUGACCAGUGCCCAGGCUGUGUACACGACUAUGGAACCUACAACGGGAAACCGGCCAGAGCCUAUGACGCUUCCGGCAUGAACUGCUAUCAGCGCUGUUCGUGGAGAAGCGACAGUAACCUGUGCUUCCCUGGUACGUGUGAGCGGAUUGGCUCCUGCUCCUGCACUUCUGGUUUCUCCGGCAGUUCCUGCACAACAAUCGAUUCCACCCCAACGUUUACGCACUGGCUGGGGAAGCUGCAUGACAACUCCGGAGGAACAGCUGAUUUGGACCAGAACAAUCAGGAAGUCUGGACCAACAAGAUCCCCACUAGACUGGACUUUGAAUGGUUCCUGUCCUACACGAGACCAAACCCUGACUUCCACUCCUACAUCCGGGCUUUUAAAGUCGGCAUCAUGGAGAGUAAAGUGAGCUGUAGCCAGAAGAGGAACACUUAUCAAGUUGUUACUGGCGGUACCAUCAACUGUGACAUGGCUCUCAGCAACAGCAAUCCUCCACUGGACUCUGCCAUACAAUGUACCAACGAUCAAGCAACCUCACUGAACAUCAUCCAUGGCGACGAGAUUGAGGUAGAGAUUUCUGCUAAGCUCGGUGGGUACUUCACCUAUCACGACUUCGACACCGGGCAAAACCACAACCGGUACUUCACAGACGGACCGUACCAAAGGGCCGCCUCCGGGGCCAAGUGGAUGUAUGACUCCACUACCCCAACUCAUUCCGGGACGUUUGCUCAGAUGUUGGACGUCGGAGAUCCCUUCACAAAACAGGUAGAGCACCAGGGGAUGUUAUGUUGA